GAAUCAGAUUCACAUUGUUAUAGAAACGGUGUGAAUAUAAGUGAACCAAACUUCAGGACUGUGACGGAUGAUAGUUCAUGGGAGGAUAGAGGUCUGACCUUCCAGGACUGAGACCCCGACUGGGAUGCAGCCUUUCUGUGUGAGCAUCAGGACCCUUCUUCUCUCAGUUCUGCUUUCCCGGCCAGGUGAAGGGCAAUUCCAGGUCAUAGGACCAAGAGAACCAGUCAUUGCCUUUGUUGGGGAAGAGGUUGUGGUUUCCUGUCAUCUCAACCCAUCAAUAAAUGCUCAGAACAUGGAAGUGAGAUGGUACCGAAAUGAUCCUUCAGGCCUGGUGCAUUAUUAUGGGACUUCCCAGGAUCAUAUGGACCAGCAAAUGCCAGAGUACCAAGGGAGGACCAAGUUCCUGAAGGAGAAUAUUACCAAAGGGCUUGUUGCCCUAAGGAUCCAUUACAUCAGACCUUCAGAUGAAGGGGAGUAUGUGUGUUUCUUUGAAAGCUCUACAUUCUACAAUAAAGCACAGUUCAAAGUGUUGGUCACAGUCUCGGGUACAGCUCCUCAUAUUCACAUUGAGCCUGGCAAUAGGAUGGACAUGAAGAUGACCUGCACAUCCAUGGGGUGGUAUCCAGAGCCUGAGGUACAAUGGAGGGACCUUCAAGGCCUACGCUUGGCACCAGCCUUUGAGACAAAGAAAAUAGAAGAAAAUGGACUAUUUCAUGUGGAAUCGUCUAUCACAGUUGAUAAAAAUUCAAGAGCAGAUGUGUCCUGUGUUAUAAGGAACCUAAUACUCAGUGUGGAGAAGGAGGUGCAUGUCUCCGUAGCAGAUACCUUGUUUCCUGAGGACUGUCCUUGGGCAGUGGGGUUUGCAGUUUUCCUGUCUCUCCUGGCCUUUGGUGCAACAAUCAGUGUUCUAUUUGUGUGUACCCGAAAAGCCAAAGGUUCACUCAAGAAGAAGCAUGAGCUCUUACGUGAACAGAAAGGGAACAUAGAAAAAAAGAACGGAAAGCUUCAUGAAGAACUUGAAAGGAUAAAAUUCUUGGGAGAAGAAGGGUUGAAAUAUGCUCGACGCUAUGCAGAAAAUGUUACCCUGGAUCCAGACACAGCUAACCCAUAUCUCCAAAUUACUGAUGACAACAAAAGUGUGAAAGGAGGUGAUACCUUUCAGGAACUACCCAAAAGAAAACAGCGGUUUGAUAACCUGGUCUGUGUAUUAGGUCAGCAAAUUUUUUCCAAAGGUAAACACUACUGGGAAGUGAGUGUGAAAAAUAAAAUAAAAUGGACUUUAGGCAUUUGUAAGGAUUCUGUCUGCAGACGGGGAGAAAUCAUGGUGUCCUCUGAGACUGGGUUCUGGACAAUAGGCUUGAAUAGAAACAAUGACUAUCAAGCUCUUUUAAACCCACAGAAAACACUCCACCUCGAGGAAUCUCCUGAGACUAUUGGUAUCUUCCUGGACUAUGAGGCUGGAAGAGUGUCGUUUUAUAAUGUGACCAAUCUUUCUCACAUCUACACCUAUAGAAACUGCUUCACAGAUUCUCUGAGGCCAUACUUUUAUCCUGGCCCCCUCUACAAUGGUCAAAAUGAACACCCUCUCACCAUCCUGCCCUUAGGUCAUAUUAGAAAAGCCAUAGGAAGAAGACAUUCUAUGUGACUGAGCAAAAA